GUAAAUUAUAAUGGCGCGGUGCCAUGAAUUCGUUUUGAAAAUUGUCAAUGUUUUAUGGAUUUAUAUACUUCUAAUAUCACAAUGUGAGAGUAAAAAGACAGAGACAUUUUAUAUGAAUGGCCCGUCAUGUGGAGAAACAGUAACUAUAGAUGGCGCCACUGUAUACUCACAUUACGAUUACAAAAACAACAAACUAUACGAAAAUAAUAUCGAAUGUCGAUUAACAUUUAAAGCAAGGAAUUCUAAUUUAAGAAUAAUGAUAAAUAUCUUGGAGUUGGAUAUCCCGGAUAUAUACUAUAAUGAUCUCUGCAAUGACGCCUUAUAUGUAUAUGAUGCCAGUAGCAUCUUAGGAAAAACUUUAAAAAAAGCAGGUAGAAACAAUGGACUCUGUGGAAAAACAAUACCUAACGAUUUUCUCGAAUCUACAGGAGAGUACCUAACUGUAUAUUUCAGGACCAACAAUGGAGGUCUACCAGGGGAAGGUUUCAAGUUUGUUGUCACAGCUUUUAGUGAAAUUAAACUUGGGGAGGUAUGUAAUGAAGGAGAUUUUCGCUGUAAUAACAACAGAUGUAUCAACAAGCAGCUCAUGUGCGAUCAAGUCGACCAUUGCGGAGAUUACAGUGACGAGAGUACAUUAACUGGUGCAAAAUGUACCGAAAAAGGACCUGGUUAUGAUGGGGGAUCUACUAAUUCAACAAUAGCAGAUGGUGAUAUAUUGACAAAGUUCUUGUCACUAGGGGUAACCGCAUCCAUAGCAAUCUCAAUUGGCAGUAUCAUACUUGUAACUGUCAUUAUUGUCUGUGUUGUUUGUUGCUGCUGUCGGAAGUGUCGUAAAGAUUCAAUACCAGAUAACGUGACAACAUCAGCGACGUCAGUUUCAGCCAGUGGGCCAUAUAAACCAGUAAAUCAACAAAAACCAAAUGCAGCAAACAACCAGUUCAAUGAAGGUCCUAAUGGGCAACAACAACAGCAGCAGCAACCAUAUAACAUCCCUAAUGGGCAGCAAUUCAAUAAUAGACCAAAUGGGCAACAAUACCCAAAUGAUCAUCCAAUGACUGCAUAUAGUGGAAGUAAUGGGCCACCAAGUAUAUACAGUAGCAACACCUCGGGUGUUACAGGUCAACAAUCUGGCCAUGGGAUUAACUAUACUCCCGCAACACAUUACACACAACAUGGUUACCAGCCCAUGCAUCAGGCCCCUGUAGGUGGACCAGGGCCACCCACAGGCCCAUUUACUCAAUACAAUCCACGAGAAUCAUUUUCACAGACUGGAUCUGGGUGUUCAUCAUCUCAGGCUCCCCCCUCAUAUCACCGCUCGUAUACCCCCACGAGUAGUAGAUCGGGUAAAUCGGGGCGGUCAGGGGAGACUGGAGGAACUGGAAGUGUGUCUUAUACUAAAACGGAACCAGAGAAAAUUACGUUUCCGGUACAAGUGUAG